GACAGAGCUAGUCCGUCCCCCUCCACCCUGCCGGAGUCCCCUGGUCACAACUCUCCUGGUAUCGCCUUACUGCUGGAUCUGAAGAGGGUUUCUGUGCUGCUGGUCGACUGCAGGAAAACACCAGGGCAGAGUGGAACUGUGAGAGAAGGACACGAGGAGGGGGAGGGAGAUGGAGAUCUGAUUUCAUCAAGUAAGAACAGUGGGGGGGGACACCCUAACCAUCGUUCUCUUAGUGGGAGGGGCUUAUCGUCUGGGGAGCCUAAACAACAUGUUGCUGAGGAGACAGAGAAGAGUCUCUCCAGAUCAGAACAUCUCAAGAAACACCAGCAGGGACACACAGGGAAGAAACCUCACCACUGCUGCUCUGACUGUGGGAAGAGUUUCACAAGCCAGAGUGGCUUCAUUAUUCACUGUGAUCAGUGUGGGAAGAGUUUUGCUGCAUCUAACACCUUCAAAUCUAAUGUAAGAAUUCAUACAGGAGAGAAGCUUUAUAGCUGUGAUCAGUGUGGGAAGAGCUUCAAUCAUUCAGGCAGCCUGACUACACACCAGCUAACACACACAGGAGAGAGGCCUUAUAGCUGUGAUCAGUGUGGAAAGAGCUUUGCUGCAGCUUCCGCCCUGACUACACACCAGCGAACACACACAGGAGAGAAGCCUUAUAGCUGUGAUCAGUGUGGAAAGAGCUUUGCUGUAGCUUCCAGCCUGAUUAGACACCAGCUAACACACACAGGAGAGAAGCCUUAUAGCUGUGAUCAGUGUGGAAAGAGCUUUGCUGUAUCUUCCGCCCUGAUUGUACACCAGCGUGUACACACCGGAGAGAAGCCUUAUAGCUGUGAUCAGUGUGGAAAGAGCUUUGCUGUAGCUUCCUCCCUGAUUAUACACCAGCGUGUACACACAGGAGAGAAGCCUUAUAGCUGUGAUCAGUGUGGGAAGAGCUUUGCUGCAGCUUCCGCCCUGACUACACACCAGCGAACACACACAGGAGAGAAGCCUUAUAGCUGUGAUCAGUGUGGAAAGAGCUUUGCUGUAUCAGGAAAACUAACUAGACACCAGCUAACACACACAGGAGAGAGGCCUUAUAGCUGUGAUCAGUGUGGGAAGAGCUUUGCUGUAUCUUCCGCCCUGAUUGUACACCAGCGUGUACACACAGGAGAGAAGCCUUAUAGCUGUGAUCAGUGUGGGAAGAGCUUUGCUGCAGCUUCCGCCCUGACUACACACCAGCGAACACACACAGGAGAGAAGCCUUAUAGCUGUGAUCAGUGUGGAAAGAGCUUUGCUGUAUCAGGAAAACUAACUAGACACCAGCUAACACACACAGGAGAGAGGCCUUAUAGCUGUGAUCAGUGUGGGAAGAGCUUUACUGUAGCUUCCAACCUGAUUAGACACCAGGUAACACACACAGGAGAGAGAACUUAUGUCUGUCUAUGUGGGAAGAGCUUUGCUCGAGCUUCCUCCCUAACUAUACACCAGCGAACGCACACUGGAGAGAGGCCUUAUAGCUGUGAUCAGUGUGGAAAGAGCUUUGCUGUAUCAGAAAAACUAACUACACAUCAGCGAACACACACAUUAGAGAGGCCUUGCACACUGGUGAGAAAGACGCCUUAUAUCUGUGAUCAGUGUGGGAAGCGUGUCAGUCAGUUAUGGACCCUUUAUUCACACCUGUAAGGGUUUUCCUGUGGUGAAGUAGAGGUGGACCAAAACGCAGCGUGGUUAUAUUGAUUCAUGUUUAAUAAAAACAGAUAAACAUGAACACUACAAAACAAUAAACGUGGAAAACCAAAAACAGCCCUAUAUGGUGCAAAACACAGAGACAGGAACAAUCACCCACAAACACACAGUGAAACCCAGGCUACCUAAGUAUGAUUCUCAAUCAGAGAUAACUAAUGACACCUGCCUCUGAUUGAGAACCAUACUAGGCCGAAACAUAGAAAUACCCCAAAACAUAGAAAAACAAACAUAGACUGCCCACCCAACUCACGCCCUGACCAUACUAAAAUAAAUACAAAACAAAGGAAAUAAAGGUCAGAACGUGACAACACCAGUGAAGACACACUGGAGAAGGAACCUUAUGUCUGUCCAG